UAAAGAAGCUACUGUGAACCCUAGCCGGUGUCUUCGAUUUCCACGAUCAAGAGAGAAAUCCGAAAGCCGGGGAGAGUUUCUGUUUGGUUCCGCAUAGAUUUAUUGGUGUGCUAAGGUAAAGUUUCCAGGAUGCAGGCACCGUCAAAUUUCCAGCCUGUCAACAUUCUGCGACAGCAACAACCGCCGGCGCCCUCUAUCCCGCGUUACAGGAAGUUUGACUUGUACAGGGAUGCCAGUCACUUCCGAUUCGUAGAUGAUCAUGCCAUUCAGGUUGCUCGUGCUGAACAUGACACCUUCAAUGACCUGAUUUACCACCUGGUGUAUGCCCCACGACUCCAGUCUGACCUGGACAAGACAAGGGCCAUUUUCCGUUGGAUGACUUCCAAGAACAUGUAUACAAUUAACUUCAAGAACGUCCAGCAGGGUUCACCAGAAGAAGUGCUUCUCUCCUUCAAGAACAAGAAAGGAACCUACGCAAGGAUUUUUGAAACUCUUUGUGGCUAUGCUGGAGUACCUUGUGUUGUGCUGACUGGAUUUGCUAAAGGCCUGGAUUAUCGCCCUGGCGACAAGUUUAAGGGGACAGAGUUCAACCACAGCUGGAAUGCUGUCUACAUUGAUGACAACUGGUACCUUGUGGACUCCCACUGGGCCACACGAUACCUUGUCUCAGACAAGAACGUGCCUGAGAAUUUGGUGUACGAGUAUGAUGACUUCUACUUCCUGCCCGACCCCGAGCAACUCAUCUACAGUCACUGGAGCCAGAAAGCCGAGUGGCAGCUUCUGGCACGACAUUUGACCCUUCAAGAGUUUGAAGACCUCCCAUUGGUCAAGUCCUAUUUUUUCAAGUGCAUGUAUUUCCGCUCUCAUCAGAAAGGCGUUAUUAAGACCAACAAGGGCAGCCUAGGCCUGAGCAUCGGAUUCAUGAAACCAGCAGCUUUCACGUACAAGAUCGUGUUUGCAGAAACCAACGAGGAGCUGUAUCAGGGCCAGAAACUGAAGAACUACGGACUGCAAGAGACGUGGGACAAUGCCGCCAUCUUCUGCUUCCGUGCUCCCAAACCUGGCGCUUACUACUUCACCAUCUUCGCUCAACUGCUCACUGGCGACAUAGGUGUGAAGAACGUCUUUACUGCUUCUGCCGAGUACAAGGUCAUUGCUGAUCAGCCAUCGCCUGAUGCCUACCCCAUUCCCAACUGCUCCGACAGUAACUGGGGUCCAUCUGCUCCCGUACACCAGUUGGGUCUAGAAGCAAGUCACAAAGAUGCCGUCAUUGCCACUAAUGAUGGACAGGUGCAGGUGGAGUUCCAGAAGACAAGACCAGCCAACAUUCUUGCGAAACUGCGCAAGAAUGACAUGAGUGAGGAUGCCCUGGAGAACUGCGUAACUGACCACGAAUCGGGAGACACUCUGGUGGUGGAGGCAGCGCUUCCUGCCAGGGGAGAGUAUGGGCUGGAGAUCUACGGCAAUGACCCGGCGAAGGAUGGUGACACUUACACCCAUAUCUGCCAGUACUUCAUCCACUUGCUGAUCCCCAGGAAACAGAACCGCGCCUUCUACAGGGCCGCUCCUGAACAGAGGGCUCCCCGAUGGUACUUCUGUAAGCCGAUUAAGAAAUAUGAUGAAGUGAUAUACCAGGUUACAAAUCCUAACAGUUUUGUUGAGAACCUCCCUCCCCCGCCCCCAGAGUUACUUCAGCAGCAGUACCUGUAUGGUAAUGUCCCCGACAGUCGGCAGCAGGCUACCUUGGAAAUAUCGCCCCGUCACGCGGGCAGGGCACCACAGUGUUCCUACAGGAAAAGGGGAGGCAACUGUGCCCCAGGCGCAACAGGCCCAGAUUCUAACAUACCCCCGAGCAAGCCUAUUCAGGUGGGAGAAGAGAACGAUGGACAGAGCCCUCCCCAGGCCCCCAAAUCGUUCACGCUGAUCCCUGUAAGGGUCGAGAAUGAGCAGACGCCCGAACCUGCCCCAGCACCCCGCUCCCAGCCCAAACCUACAUUGGAUCACAUGGAUAAAGAUGUCCUGCAGAGUGUUGAUGACCACGCCAUACAGGUAUCCAAGAGUGAGCACACAAGCUUCCGGGAUUUGGCCUGGGAUUUGAUCUUCUCCAAGAAUAUCACAAAUGACAUGGAGAAAGUGAGAAUCAUCUUCCGCUGGCUGGCCAGUAAAAAUUUGAAGGAGAUGAAUUUUGACAAAGUGGAGAAGGGAAGUCCUGAAGAGGUGUUGAUGGGACUGAAGACAGGGAAAACUACAUAUGCAAUGGUCUUUGACACAAUGUGCAAUUAUGUUGGAGUCCAUAGCAAGAUUCUGAGUGGUUACGCUAAGGGGGCUGACUACAGGCCAGGGCAAAAGUUCACACCUGGUCAGAACCAGCAUUCGUGGAACGCUGUUUACAUCUUUGGUACAUGGUGUCUGGUAGAUGCCCAUUGGGCAGCCAGGAGAAUCAUCGGCAAACAGAGCUCAUCAGAGGAGUUCCACUAUCAGCUGGACGAGUACUUCUUCUUGCCAGAUCCCCAUCAGUUGAUCUACACGCAUUUCCCAGAAGAUCCCAACUGGCAGCUGUUAGAGCGCCCCGUCUCCUUGGAGGAGUUUGAGAACAUGCCACACAUGAAACCACAGUUCUUCAAAUUCGGUCUGGAGUUGGUUUCCAACAGAACGGCCGUGAUCUACGCACGAGGUGAGACAAACGUGCGCCUGCGCUACCCAGCGCACAGGUGCUCUGUCGCCUUCAACUUCAGCAUUCAGUUUGAGAACGGAGAUGAGGAUUACAAAGGGAGCAAGCUGAACAGGUAUGGUAUGCAGGAGAGCGUUGGAGGCAUUUCAUCAUUCCGUCUUCGUCUGCCCGUCAAAGGCUCUUACAUCCUUUACAUCUACGCUAAAGAGGACACGCCUGAGAACAAGGAGAAUGUCUACGCACAAGUCUGCGAGUACAAGAUUGUACAAGAGGAUGUGACAUCUCCCGAGCCCGCUCCGUUCCCGCCGUGCGCGUAUCUGAGCUGGGGGCCAGGGUCAACCUUCUUCAGGUAUGGCUUAGCGACCUACCAGCAGACAGCCACAGUCAUCAGCCGUCAGGGGAAGGCUGAGCUGCAGUUCAGAAUGGAGAAACCCAUACAGUUCAUGGCCAAGCUGAAGCACAAUGAGCGCUCUGAUGCAGAGCUUGAGGGUUAUGUCAUGCACAGGGUGGUUGGCAACACUGCAUACUUCAAUGUCACACUUCCUGGCCGUGGGGAGUAUGGGCUGGAGAUCUAUGCCAAUGACCCAGCCACAGAAGGCACUACGCUGUUCCAUGCAGCUCAGUACUUGAUUGAGUGCCACGAGGAUGUACAAGCCGUACCCUUACCCAAGUUACCUACAGGUUACCUGGGGGCUCAGCCCAAGUUCAAUGAAUUUGGCCUGUGCACUCUCAGUCACCCUGACCCUGUCAUCCACUUAAAAAAUAACUACGUUGAGAUCCAGUUUUCCACAGCGCAGGAGAUGAGAAUGACGUCUAACCUGAUCAGCGUGGAAAACGAGCAGGAGUUCCCGGACAACGUCUUCACACAGACGCAAGGCUCCGUGGUCACAUUCUGUGUGGGAAUGCCCAGUGUUGGCUUCUACAAGCUGCAGCUGUAUGCCAUCCCUGCACGUGACACAAGCCAGCAGCUACCAGGUGUCUACAACUACCUGAUCAACUGUGAGGCGGCCGAGAGCAAGGCUUACCCGUUCCCCAAGCAGUACGCCCAGUGGAAGGAAGGCUGCUACAUGUGGAGCCCCACUGUACUGAGCCCUGAGGUCCCCGUAUCGUCUGCGAAGUUCCGCGUGUGCAUCCCGAGAGCCGAGGCUGUGGCAGUCGUAGCUGACCAGGAGUGGACGCACCUGGAACAGGUGGAGAAGGGUAUCUGGGAAGCGGAUGUCCCCCUGCAGAAGUACAGUGGCAAAGGCACCCGCGUGACCCUCAACGCUAACUACGGAGGAGACAAGAGUAGUUAUAGCACACUGCUUGAAUACAAAGUCUAAAUCUCUGCUACUAGACACACACCUCUAGCACAGUACUCCAGACAUAGAGUAGAUUUUAUUUCAGUUGUUUUAAUCGCUGCUGCUUUGUACUUGUUGCCAUUUUUAACUCCCGUUAACAAUCCAGCUAAGCUUCUGUACAUGUAGUGGAAUUGAACCAUGAAGGAACUAGAAAGAUACAUGUUGUGGUAGUGGAAUCAAGUUACCAGAUUAUCUAUGCGUACGGAUUAACUUUAGUGUUCUACAAUUUGCUGGUAUACUAUGAUUUUUAGAGCAUAUUCCUUAUACUCAACUCAGGCCGUCUUCCUCGCCUUACACAAUUGUAUAAAUUCGUUUUAGUAAGUCUUUACAAAGAGCAACUUUGAAUAACAAUAAAUUUGUUAUGUUUAAAAAAAAUCCCUUAGGACAGAUAAAUGUGCAUGAUGUGAUAGCUAAUUGUAAUGUUGAACAUCUUUUCCUGGCUACUAGUAACUGUUUGACAUGGCCACAUGGCCAUUUGCAGGAAAAUCUAAAUAAAGCCAUUUUCUGAUUUCUUGCCAAUUUCUAACUUUGGAACAGGUUCCAUGUUUAUAUUUUUGAAGGUGAAAUUAUGUGAUUUAUGACAAAAAUGUGCUUGUGUCAGGAAGGUGGUGACAGGAGGAUCAGAAUCACAUUUUUAGAACAAAGCUUACACUAAUCUUUGUUGUGAUUGCUGUUUGCUGGAAAUGUCUUGGUUUUAUAGAAGGCAAACUUGUAACAUUUUGGGAAUUACUUAGGGCAUUGUAAUUCCUCAAGCUACUUUUCGCUAACUCUGCUUUUAUUUUUAUAUUUUUAUGUAUUUUGUAUGUUUUUUCUGUUGAAUUCUUCUUGUUUGGGACUGACAAGGGCUGUCUUAACUAACUCGGCAAAGAAUCCACAUUUGCCUUUUCCUUUUAUCUGUUCAUUAUGGAACCAUGUGAGAAGCUGCAGGAGCUGGUCCAAUAGGUUUACUGCCUCAUUGUUAUUUUACUGCCAUUGCCAGUAAUAGGCUUAUGUGGAAAUUAAACUUUUAUUCUCAACUCUAA